CCGGGCCGCCCCGUACCCUGGACAGCGCCUGCCGCCGCCGCCAUGGAGCACCUGAAAGCUUUUGACCGGGAAGUAAAUGCAUUUGUGGACUAUAUGUUUGGACCUCGAGAUGCCAGGGUCAGAGGAUGGUUCCUUUUGGACUCUUACCUUCCCACAUUUUUCCUUACUGGAGCAUACCUACUCUGCAUAUGGCUGGGCAACAAGUUCAUGAAGGACAGGCCUCCUUUCUCGCUCAGGGCUCACCUCAUUGUAUAUAACCUUGGGAUUACACUGCUCUCCUUGUACAUGCUUAUAGAGCUCAUCCUUGCCACAUGGGAAGGAGGCUACAACUUGCAGUGCCAGAACCUCCACAGCGCCGGGGAGGCUGACAUCCGGGUAGCCAAGGUGCUGUGGUGGUAUUAUUUUUCCAAAGUAAUUGAAUUCACGGACACUAUCUUCUUUGUACUGAGAAAGAAAAGCAGCCAGAUCACCUUCCUUCACGUGUAUCACCAUGCCACUAUGUUUAACAUUUGGUGGUGUGUUCUGAACUGGAUACCUUGUGGGCAAAGUUUCUUUGGACCCACUUUGAAUAGCUUUAUCCAUGUGCUUAUGUAUUCUUAUUAUGGACUGUCAGUCAUCCCUUCUAUGCGCAAGUAUCUCUGGUGGAAGAAAUACCUCACUCAGGCACAAUUGAUUCAGUUUCUGCUCACUAUUGUGCAUACACUUAGUGCAGCUGUGAAGCCAUGUGGAUUCCCAUUUGGCUGCCUCAUGUUCCAGUCCUCCUACAUGGCCACACUGGUCAUUCUCUUCAUAAACUUCUACAUUAAGACAUACCGGAAAGCACCUUCAAGAACAGCUAUAAAGGAAACCCCUAUCACAACAGAAAUCAAGAAUGGUUUCCAUAAGGACUGCUUUGCUGCUGCCAAUGGAUUCCUGAACAAUAAGAAAGCACAAUAAGUAUAUAUAGUAUUUCCUACGAUUUUUUUCUAAAAAAAAAAAAGAAGAAAAAAAGACGGAAUUACAAGCUUUAGCUUAAAAUCUAUUUGAUUACAUUUAUCAGUUCUUUGUACCAGACACUUAUUAAUGUACUGCUAUUUAGGUUUUAACCAAACGAGUAGAAUUACUUGUCCUGUCGAAGAUCACCAUCGGAACAAAGGCGGCCAAGAUCUUUCUCAUAUGAAAAAGCAAACCUUUCUGAUCUCUAAUGCUGACGACAUAAAAACGCCUUAUAAAACACUUGAUGGAUACACCCAUCAAUGCCUUCAACAGGUUAGGACUCUGUUCAGACUAACGCAGACCACGUUCUGUGCGUGCAAGAGGUCUUGAGGCAAGGCUUCACAGUGCACCCAACACUUUCAGCUAAACUGUGGCCAAGGUCAGGAAGAGGAAGGCGGGGGGGAAUUGAGAAUCAUACCUUUUCCAACACCAUACCCCUCUGCUUCUUCUCAGCCGUUCCCCAUAGCACGCUCCCUCCCAUAGACACCAGUGGUAUUCAGAAUACAUGGUAUCACGUGAUGAUACGGGCUUUUGAGCUCUAGUCAGAGCAAAACAAGUCACUUUGGAUGUGCUAAAUUAAUAGGAGUUCUGAGUAAAUAGAUUUUGAAAGAAAUAAGAGCUCAACAACUUAAUGAAGAUAAAUCCUUUGAGUGUAAAUGUGCACAAAGUUAAUCCUAUACAACCACUGCUAAUUUGAAGCAAACUGACAUGCCACAUACUAACAGACUGGAAGACAUAGAAAGUCUUAAAAGUGAAUUCAGCAAUGAGCAAAGCACGUUAUAUAGGAAUUUCUGUGCUAGGUGAGCCUUACUCAGACUGGUCUCUGACUGAAGAAACAGAUGGGACUGAGGCACAAUCCUCUGUAGGGAAAGCAAGGAGAUAUUUGCUGUCUGCAGCUGUAAUGGUGUGUCUCUCACAAUAGCCAGUCACUAUCUUCUCUGCUUCAGUUAGCUGCAUUUACCUCCCAUUUAAAUGGUUAGAAAGGAAGAAUACCCAAGGUUAGCUUUGGGGAGCUGCCCUCACCCUUUUCUCAUUUAGCCCCUUUCAAAAUCUCUACUAAAAAGCGGACACAGACUUUUUUCUCUCCCCUUUUCACAAUGAAAUAGUUCUGGUCUCUUCCAGUCCAGUGGGUACAAAUUCUCUCAACAAAAGCACCUUUUGGAGUCGCCCCAGCCCAGCCAGCGCAGAGGGACCAGGCGGCCACAGAGGGCCCACAUGGAGAGGAGCCUGUCCCAAAUCCUGCUCCUCCGACUGUUCUCCAUCUCCCCUCUAGAUGAUCUGUCAUCGGGGGGAUCUCGGAGGCUGCAGGUGCAAAGGCAGAAAGGUUUGUCCCAGAGAGCGGGGGGGUGCAGGGCAGCCAGCCUCACCAGGAGCAGCCGGAGAGACCGCGGCCACGAGGGCUCGUGGAUAAGAAGGAAAGGGGCUGAGGAAGUGGUACGGUACAGGGGAAGAACAGACCGGUUUGUCCAGCAAAAGCAAGAGGAGAAAACGGAAAGGAGAAGGGCGUCUCAAGUCAGAGUUCAGUCUGAAUUUGUGCUCGAAAGUCCCAUUGGAUCCCAUCUGUCUCCAGCCAGUUCCAGCUCUGUUACAAUGUGGACAAAACCUUUCUGCUCCAGCAGAAAAACUGAAAUCCCCCAAAUGCUGCAGCACAAACAGUACAUUUGAGCAGCCGGGCUGCUAAACUGCAUCACCGUGAACUGGGCAACCAAAAUAACUGCAAUAUUCAAACACUUUCACACCACCACCACAGACUGCAUCUAACUGGUGUGUAUUCACAUUUGCUCCCUCUUCAUGAAGCUGGCCACAGGGAAAGGCAGUGUUUUGCUCUAUUUAACAUUCAAUAAGGAGGGAAAGCAGCAAC